GCGUAAGAGCUGAUGCGAUGGGGCGGGCGGGACGGGUAUCGCUGCCGCGUGCGGAUGCGGAUUCUCUGUGCUCGGGGAUGGGCUGGAGUGGUGAAGAUGCUGCUUCAUGAAUGGUGAUGGGCGAUAGCGGCCAUCAGGUUGUCUGUCUGUCGGUGGCCCUGUUUCGAGGCUGCGCUGGGCUGGGGGGAGAGGAGAUGGCGCCAGCAACAAAGCGUUUGCGGUCGUCUGGCCGUGUGCUGCGCCGCGCUUUGUUUGUCGUCUCAGAUGGCGUCUCGUACGGACUGGCACCGCGGCCGCGUGGAAGCGUUGCAGCUGUCGACGCCCCUUUGAGGCUGGCGAAGGCUGCGGGAAUGGAGACAGGGGAGUUGGGAGCUGGUAAGAUGCGGGCGCCACAGAGGAAGGUCGUGACUCGCCUGUGGCCCGCGGUGGCUGCACUGCACUGCACCGCGAUUCGACACGAUGCUAUGCUCUGCUAUGGGAUGCACUGCGCCGAGUCCAGCAAAGCAACCGGGACCAAGCAGAGGCCAAAAGAGGGCUGUGCGGUUGAGUGAAGCUCGUAGGACCAGGGGAUGAUUGGACGGCUUGUG